GAGAGUCUUCCGACUCUGACGUUGUCCAGUGUCCCCCUUGCUAUUUUGCCUUCACGCGCGCAUCACUUAUCGCGCCUCUGUUCAUAUCAACACUUGCUUCUGCCAGUACACCUUACCUUUCAGAAGUAUAUAGCGAUCUGCAAAUGAAAUUUGGCAGGAAAAUCACUACCGACCUCUACAACGAGUGGAGGCCGUUCUACAUCGACUACAACUUGCUCAAGAGAGAGCUCAAGAGUCGAACGACGUUUCAUGACUGGGAUGACAAGGAUGAACGUGAAUUCACUGCCAUGCUCGAAAGAGAGCUCGACAAAAUUCACGACUUUCAAAAGAAAAAGACGUCAGAAUUAUCUCGACGCAUACGCGACGCGGAAAAAGACGUUAAACGACUCGUAGCCCAAGAAACACCCUCUCCUAUCAACGCUGCCGACCUCGAAUCCCAUCAGCAUCGCCCAAGUGAAUAUGGCCCAGACGAGGGCUCAGACGACGACGACGAUUUGGAUGGAGAUGCCGAGUCUGUAGACGCACUUGAAGACCUCUUCCAUGGGCUAGAGGAAGAAGUCGCGACUCUAGUCGCAGACGUGCAUGACCUUGCACUGUAUACCAAGCUCAACAUUACGGGAUUCUUGAAGAUUCUCAAGAAACACGACAAACAAACAGACUUGCCGCUCAAACCUACGUUCAUCCAAGACUACCUGGAAAAGCGACCUUUUUACAAGUACAAUUGGGACGCACUCAUAGUAAAACUUUCCAAGCUUUACAAUCUCGUGCGUACACGCGGACAUCCGGUUCAGGGUGAUUCCAGUGCCGGUGGAAGCCAAAGUGCUUUUGUGAGACAGACGACAAAGUACUGGGUGCACCCGGACAACUUGGUACCACUCAAGUUGGCUAUUUUAAGACAUCUACCAGUUUUGGUCUUUGACCCCGAGAAGGAAUUCGAGGCCAAGGACGCCGCCAUCACCUCCAUAUACUUCGACAAUGAAGAUCUCGACCUCUACCUCGGACGUCUAGAAAAAACGGAAGGAGCCGAAGCUAUCCGUCUACGGUGGUACGGUGGCACCGACGUAAAGACGAUAUUUGUAGAACGCAAGACACACAGGGAAGAUUGGACUGGCGAAAAAUCUGUAAAAGCGCGUUUCCCCAUCAAGGAACACCUCGUCAACGCGUUCCUGAAGGGCGAGUACAUCAUGGAUGCCGAAUUUCAGGCCUUGGUCACGAAAGGAAAGAAGAGCCAGCAAGAAGUAGAUUCGAUGAUCCAACUGGCAAACGAAGUCCAGUAUCGUGUUUUGACAAGCAAGUUGGCACCAGUCAUGCGUUCUUUUUACAAUAGAACCGCAUUCCAACUUCCUGGUGAUGCCCGGGUGCGCAUUUCCUUGGACACCGAAUUGACCAUGAUUAGAGAAGACAACUGGGAUGGCCGAAUACGCGCUGGUGAUAAUUGGCGGCGAACUGAUAUAGGCAUUGACUACCCGUUCGACCAGGUGCACGAAGAGGACAAGGAGCCUUUCAAGUAUGGUGUCCUCGAAGUAAAGCUGCAAACACAAUUUGGCCAAGAACCACCCAAGUGGGUCACUGACCUUGUUCAGUCACAUCUUGUGGAAGCUGUACCCAAGUUCAGUAAAUUCAUCCAUGGGUGUGCCACGCUCCUUCCCAAUCGCGUAGACUUGGUACCAUUCUGGAUGCCGCAGAUGGAUACCAACAUCUUGAAACCAAGCACCGGCUAUCUCACCAUCGAACGUCCUUCUCAUGUUAACUCUUUGAAAACUACUCCUGAGGCGCAGUCAUCCGGCCAUGUCACGCCAUCAAGCCAGCAAGAACGUGCGUACGUCGAGCCUGUCUCGGAAGGCGAAGAAGACGAGGCAAUGGAUCUUGCACCCGCGAAAGAUGAGGAUAGACGCACUGGUCUGACAGGACAAGCCGUCGCCGAAGCCAUCGCUUAUCGCGAGAAAAUGCUGAAGGAACGUGAACCAGCCGCUCCUUCCGAAAGUGUCAUCAGGCGAGAUAUGGAUGGUGCCGCAGCACGAGGCGAAGGCAGCGGCGAAGGCCAUGACAGCGACGCAGACGACGAAGCUGAAGGAGAUGAUGAUGAGCACAUGCCGUUCCUCAAGAAGCAGCGGUCAGGUGCAGGUGAACAAGGCAAAACUCGUAGGACCCUAUCCAUCGAUCCUCUCGCGCCGUCCUCUGCGUUCGAUGAAACGCUGAGGGAGCGCUUGCAGGGUGCAUACACGGAAGAUAGUAAUGAGCGACGUGUUUCAGCUGAAGCGAGUCCUGCAAAAAGGCGGCGAUCCGAAUUUGUUUCCGAAGAGCCUGAAUCUCCCCAAGAAGAGGAUAGGUUACUGGUCCGAGAGUGGGUUGCUCCUUUGGGCAAGAAAAUUGCGGUGCCUGUUCGCGUCGAGCCCAAAGUGUACUUUGCCAACGAGCGCACAUUUAUCAAAUGGCUCAACUUUGCUGUUCUCAUUGGCUCGAUUGCAACCACUCUGCUCAACUUUAUUCCCCCUGAUGACUAUGUUGGUCUUAUAAGUGCCAUCAUGUUCACCGUGGCUGCCCUGCUUGCGAUAGCUUAUUCCGCCAUCAUAUUCGUCUAUCGCGCUUUGAAGCUCAGGACGCGUAGCGCAGAUGGUCUCUACUACGACAAGUUUGGACCUACCGCGCUUUGCGUCGUACUGUUUGCAGCACUGGCAACGAAUAUCGGGUUAAGACUCGUUGAGAUGAACGAGUGAAGCUGAUUCUUGGCUAGCCAGAUGGACUGUAGACCUUCUUGAUGUUUUCUGGUUAUAUGAUAUGUAUUU